UUCACAAAGAACUGUCAAAAACGUCGGGUGCCGAACCAGCAACAAGAAAACGCCAAAGUCAUCGUCGCAUUUCUUGAAUCGGGUACAGGCUGUAGUGUUUCUGUUAAAUCAUUGUCGAAUACUGUUAAUUUCGUAUUCAACAAACAAUGGAUCGUCUGCUUCGACUUGGUGGGGCUAUGCCUGGCUUAACUCAGGGUCCUCCACCGACGGAUGCUCCGGUUGUAGAUACUGCCGAACAGGUUUAUAUCUCUUCCCUAGCUUUGCUUAAGAUGUUGAAACAUGGCCGUGCCGGGGUUCCUAUGGAAGUGAUGGGUUUGAUGUUGGGAGAGUUUGUCGAUGACUACACAGUGCAGGUUAUUGACGUGUUCGCCAUGCCUCAAACCGGUACUGGAGUGUCAGUUGAAGCCGUUGAUCCGGUUUUUCAGGCAAAAAUGUUGGACAUGUUGAAGCAAACAGGCAGACCGGAAAUGGUCGUUGGUUGGUACCAUUCGCAUCCUGGCUUUGGUUGCUGGCUUUCUGGUGUCGAUAUAAACACGCAGCAAUCGUUCGAAGCUUUAUCGGAGCGAGCGGUGGCUGUCGUCGUUGACCCGAUUCAAUCGGUCAAAGGAAAAGUUGUCAUCGAUGCCUUCCGGUUGAUCAAUCCUAACAUGUUGGUUUUGGGCCAGGAACCACGGCAGACGACAUCCAACUUGGGGCAUUUGCAGAAGCCGUCGGUUCAGGCUUUGAUUCAUGGACUUAAUCGCCACUAUUACUCGAUUAGUAUUAACUACCGAAAGAAUGAGUUGGAGCAAAAGAUGUUGCUGAAUCUGCAUAAAAAAUCAUGGAUGGAUGGUCUCACGCUCGCCAACUAUCAGGAGCAUUGUAGUAUAAACGAAAGCACUAUUAAGGAAAUGCUGGAGUUGGCGAAAAACUAUAAUAAGGCCUUGGAGGACGAAGAAAAGAUGACACCGGAGCAGUUAGCUAUUAAAAAUGUUGGCAAGCAGGAUCCCAAGCGGCAUCUGGAGGAGAAGGUGGACACACUGAUGUCAAACAACAUUGUCCAGUGCUUGGGUGCGAUGCUGGAUACAAAUGUGUUUAAGUAAGCAGGUCAAACGAAACUCCAAUCAAAAAAAGUGUUUGGAUAUAUGCGCUCUUUCUGAAAUUUAAAAUAUAAAAUUACUAUUUCAUAAGUAUAA